CUGCCCGCCGCGGCUGCUCCGGAUGUCACCGAUCAUUCGCGUCAUCGCGCGUCCAUAUAGUCGUUUAUAUCAGGGAGGGAGACGAAACCGAGGCUACACCGAGCUUUCCAAUCGGCGCGAAUAAAUCCCGAUGACGAUGACAGCGAGCUCGAAGCAAGGCUCCAAGCGGUCGAAGUGGGCCCUGGAUUUCGCGCACAGAACGAAACAGGACAAGAGCGUGGAGAUACCGUCCCCGCCGGGGUACACACCCACCGGCUCCCUCUUCCACAAUGUGGAGUACAUGAGGGAGUCCGACUCGAAUCACCUGAUAAUAAAGAAGUCGUGGGACCUGGCGUUGGGGCCCCUCAAGCAGGUGCCCAUGAACCUGUUCAUCCUGUACAUGGCCGGCAGCUCCGUCUCGAUAUUCCCCAUCAUGAUGGUCGGUAUGCUCAUCGUCAAGCCGGUCAAGGCGCUGUUCACCCUCCAGCAGACGUUCAAAGUGAUCGAAGGUACGCACGCGUGCGGACAAAAGUUCGUGUACUUCCUAGGACAGUUAGUGAAUAUCGCGUUAGCUCUGUACAAGUGUCAGUCGAUGGGCCUGCUGCCGACGCACGCGAGCGACUGGCUGGCAUUCGUCGAGCCGCAGACGAGAGUGGAGUACUCCGGCGGCGGCUUCAUGUACAUUUGAUGGGACAUAGGAUGGUAACGGCCAGGCGGCAUUAAACUGGAGCGCUCGCUGGUACAGUUUCGCCGGUUCAUCCACUCGUGGCACCUGUAGCAAAACAGACCAGAUUUCAAAUCAUUAGGGACCACACAUCGUUUUCGGAACUAAUUUAAAGGAGAGAUGAAUCGCAGAUGAAAUGGAUAACGGGACGGAGAAUUUAGAUGUCUUUAUUUACACGCGAAGAAAGGAAUGCCGAUAGACUUACGUAUUAUUUAUUCCGUCAUGAAACAAAUCAAAACAUCUUUCUUAUCUUAUCGAAA